GAUGUCCCGGAUGAUGGUGUUUGCGCCGGAAGAGAAGGUGCAACUCUCCCAGCCAUCUUGUGGCAGCAUCCAGCGAAUUGUUCGCAUCAAGCCUCGUAGAAUCGGAGGUGAAUCCCGCUGAAGGGGCGCCAUCAUGCCCGGACACCUACAGGAAGGCUUCGGCUGCGUCGUAACCAACCGGUUCGACCAGUUAUUAGACGAUGAGUCGGACCCGUUCGAGAUCCUGAAAGCCGCCGAGAACAAGAAGAAGGAGGGGGCCGCCGCUGGCUCCACCAAGACCGCGGCUCAGUCCGCCAAGCAGCCGAAGAAGGAGUCACAGAAGGACAGGAAGAACCCGCUGCUGGACAAGAAGGAGGAGUCGCAGCCUGCAGUCCCCCUGAAGAAAGAGGGAAUCAGACGAGUGGGUCGGAGACCGGACCAGCAGGGCCAGCUUGGUUCCCAGCACCAGGGCGGGCAGGGUGAAGGGCGAUCUGCAGACAAGAGGCCAGACAGGAGACCUCCCCGAGAGCGCCGUUUCGAGAAGCCCGCUGAGGACAAGCCUGAGGGAGGUGGAGAGUUCUCGGUAGACAACAGGCCUUCUGGAGACCGGCCCCCGCGAGGGCGUGGUGGUGGCCGGGGUGGGCGUGGUGGAAGAGGACGGGGCAUGGGCAGAGGAGACUUUGAAUCCCGUGGGAAACGAGACUUCGAGAGGCACAGCGGCAGUGACAAAUCCAAUCUGAAAAGCGAGGAGAAGCGCAGUGGCAGUGGCUCGCACAACUGGGGCAACGUGAAGGAUGAAGUGAGCGAGGUUGAACAGACUCCUGCUCCUGAAACGACCACAGAAGGAGAGGAAAAUGCACCUGCUGGCUCUGAGAAUAAGCUUUCCAGGGAGAACGAGGUCGAAGAAGUGAAAACCGAAGGCCCCAAAGAAAUGACCCUGGACGAGUGGAAGGCCAUGCAGGACAAGGCACGCACCAAGGUGGAGUUCAACAUCCGUAAACCCAACGAGGGAGCCGACAGCCAGUGGAAGAAAGGAUACGUGCUGCACAAGUCCAAGAGCGAAGAUGUGAGUGCGGAGAGGCCUGUUGGUGCUUUGAUUGACGCCCCAGAAACAGAAGCAGACUCCAACUUGGUGUACCAGAAGCCGCACGGCCCUACUGAUGAGUCCAGUGACCACCAUUUCCGCAAACCAGCCAACGACAUCACAUCUCAGUUGGAGAUCAACUUCGGAGACUUGGGCCGCCCUGGCCGCGGGCGCGGGGGAGCACGGGGAGGCAGGGGAGGCCGCGGUGGGGGAGGCAGCAGGACGGCACGCGGGGGAGGACGGUCUGAAAAGGCAAGUGGAGCGUCAGUCCCCAACGUGGAUGAUCCUGAAGCUUUCCCAGCUCUGGCCUAAAGGCUCAUUUCCACCACCAGCCCACCCAUCAGCCCCUCCGGGCCCCUCCUCUACGAGGCUUGCAUGCUUACCACAUCUUCCAAGUAUAUAAGAAAACAGAAAAAAAAAAGAUUUUAAUGACAAAAAAAAAAAAAAGACUGUCAUCCCAUACCACCCACACCAACAGAGGACUUAAAUUUUACCUGUUUUAAAGGAAAAGAAAAGACAAAAUGGCAGAGAAAAAGGACCUCUUGUUACACUGAAGUUUUGUAUUUAGGAACAUGAAAGCAGGGAUGUUUUCAUACUUUUUUCUUUUUUUUUUCAGAGAUUAUGCAUACUCCAUUGAUAUUUUUUGUGCUGCUUGAAUUGAUGCAUUUCUGCGAUUAGGUUGAAGUGUGUGUUAUCUCUUCCCCUGAAGCUUUUGUUAUGUUUUUUCCACCUUGACUUCAGUGCAGUAUUAUGGGGUCAUCUUAAAAAAAAAAAGACUUUCUACUGGAGGUUUUGUUAUCCAGUAAUACACACUGAUGUGGUAGUAUUUCACUACAUAGAAAUCUUGUACUAGAUAUCGGAAAUAUGGCUUAACACCCAUUUGAAGUGUAAUUAGUCCGAUCCUGACUACCCAUCCAUUUUGCAAGUCACAAAUUCAGGAUGGGUAACUAGGCAAAGAGGCUUAGUACUAAUGUUUGAUAUUUUUCUGCUUGUUGUGCAGUGAAAGUAAAUGCCUCUUAUGUUUUUGUUUUUUUGAUAGCUUGCCUUUUUUUGGUGGACCAGUGGGUUAGUAAUGCUUUCUAUUCCCUGAUCCAGAUGUGCUACCUUUGUUUUCAGGGUUUCCUGGGGCCCAGUGUAUAUCUUUAGGCUGGUCCUGCUAGGUCAUAAAGACUGUACUACUUGUAACUUAAGGACCACUAAGCGAAUAUUGUAUUUUCUUGUUAAGUAUGACUGUGUUUAGGCAGGAUUGUGUGUUUGCGUGUGUGCAAGUGAAAGUGUGAGGAUGAAUGUGUGAAUUUAGACAGCUAGUUACUUAGGAUUUAAGUGUUCCUCUGCUACGAACUUGCAUUUUUUUCAAAAGGUAGACUGCAAGUUCUCGCCUGAUGCAGUUCCUUCUGUCUUUUGAGAAGUGAUUGUUGAAACCGGGGUGAGAAUAAUGGGUAGACCAUGGACAUAUCUAGCUCUUAAAGAAUCUGUAAUAUCUUUCAGAUCUCAAAGCACUCGGUUAUAUCAGCACCAGUCCUCUUAAGAUUUGUUUACUUCCCCUUCUGUGAAUCAUAAUUGCUGUUUUAUUGUUUUUUUUUUGUUUUGUUCUUUUUAGUAUUUUGUCAGUGCAGCAGCACCCAUGCAUAAUUUGUCUGAAAAAAAAAAUGCCGGUAGUCAUUGUGGAGCAAUCACAAGCUACAGAAUGUAACGUAAGGUAAUGUUGCUUUUAGCUACCUGUGUCAGUGUUUCCAGUGAGCUCUUAUGAAAGGGUAUAAUUCACAUUUUGGGGGCGGGAGGGGGGUUACUCUGAAGACAUUAGGGAGUGAAUUAAAAGCUUUACAUGUUCUGUGCUGCAAAGACUUGUCUGUGAUGCACUGACACAGACGGCUGGAGCAGUUUUCUUUGUAGGACUGUUGAACCACAUGACGUAAAACUUUCUCUGCAAACAUCCCUGUUCUAAUAAAUUGAUUUGGAGGUGUUACAUGUACUCUGCCAGUGGCUGUUGGGGUAUUUAAAAUCAAUACUGUGAUUUUAAAGGUGUAAACAAAUA